CAUACAACCAGAAUACCUCCAGAAUCCUUAAAAACACUGCAAUGUUUUUACAAUACUUAGUGGAAUACCUUGAUUUUAAGAGUUUGCUUAUAGGAUUUUUUCUUUUUCUACUACUUCUUGAUGUGAUCAAGAAUCAAAAUCCAUCCAAUUUUCCACCAGGACCAUGGGCCCUACCUUUUGUGGGGAACAUUUUCACUAGGCUUGACUUCAGAAUGAUCGACAAGCUUGCUGAGAAGUAUGGAGAUGUUUUUAGCCUACGUUGGGGCAGUGAGAAAACUGUAUUUAUCUCUGGACAUAAAAUGUUGAAGGAGGCUCUUGUUACUCAGAUGGACAGCUUUACAGAUCGUCCUGUUAUCCCUCUCUUUCACAAAGUCUUUAAAGGACUUGCUAUAGCUCUCAGCAAUGGGUACCUGUGGAAAAACCAGAGGAAGUUUGUCAUCACACACCUACGGCACUUUGGUGAGGGAAGGAAGACCCUAGAGUUGAGAAUCCAGCAGGAGAGCAACUUUCUUUGUGAUGCUUUCGAAGCAGAACAGGGUCCUUUUGAUCCUCAGUUUCUCCUAAACAAUGCAGUCUCAAAUGUCAUUUCUGCAGUAGUUUUUGGCCAUCGCUUUGAAUACCACGAUGAGAAUUUUCUGAAUGUCCUGCAUUUUAGUGCCGAAUCUGUCCUUUUGGUGGGUUCUGUUCAAUCCCAGCUGUAUAAUACCUUUCCUCAUCUUUUUGAAUACAUUCCUGGCCCCCAUAAGAAAAUUUUUGCCAACUACACAAAAAUACUGGAGUUCUGUAAAGAAGAACUAAGACAACACAAGGAGGACUGGGAUCCCUCAACUGCUCGGGACUACAUUGACAGUUUCUUGCUAGAAAUGGAAAAGAAAAAGAAUGAUCCUGAUGCUGGAUUUAACAUCGAGACAUUACUGAUUUCAAUAAUGGACUUGUUCGAAGCAGGGAGAGAAAGUGUAGCCACUACACUGCGUUGGGGUCUUCUCUUCAUGAUGAAGUAUCCUGGGAUACAGAAAAAUGUACAAGCAGAGAUAGACAAAGUAAUUGGCCAGUCACGCCAGGCCAGCAUGGCUGACAAAACCAACAUGCCCUACACUGAAGCUGUUGUUCAUGAGAUUCAAAGGAUGGCCAAUAUUUUUCCACUGGGUUUCCCUAAGAUGGCGUCUAAAGAUACUGUACUGGGUGGAUUCUCCAUACCAAAGGGCACGACUGUGAUUACAAACUUGUCAUCUGUGCUUAAUGACAAUAAUGAGUGGGCAACACCGGACACGUUUAACCCAGAACACUUUCUAGAUAACCAUGGCCAGUUCCUAAAGAAGGAUGCUUUCCUUCCCUUUUCAGCAGGUAGGAGAGCAUGCCUGGGGGAGCACCUGGCUCGUAUGGAGCUGUUUCUGUUGUUCACCUCUCUGUUGCAGUGCUUUACUAUCUCCCCUUGUCCUGGAGAUGAGCUAAGCUUGGAGGGACAGCUGGGCUUUACGUAUGCACCCAGACCAUACCGCAUGUGUGUGACCCCACGCUAAG